CAUAAUGUUUUGGUGUUUUCUGAGGGGGCCGUAAGAGAACUCGAGGAGUGUGCAAAACAAAGGCUGCAACCACAAUUGCCUGGAAGAACGUUUGAGCUUGAAAACACAAACAGCAGAGCACCUGUGUGAACUGGAGCUGCCAGCGCUGUCGGGGGAGGGGGGAGCAGAACACAACAGAACAGAGGCUUCAACACCAGAGAGGAAAUAAAGCAUUCCUCUAUCAUACCUGAAUAGGCAAUGUGGAUUUUUCUUCUUCUUCCAGGGGUUGAUAUAUAUUACAUCCAAGUAGGCAGUCGGUUCAGCUCUGAAUCCCCCUACGGCCCCAACUCAACCCUCCUCAGUUUCUUCGCAGCAGCAGCAGCAGCAGCAGCAGCAGCAGCAGCAGCAGCAGCAGCAGCAGCACAAGGCACGGUUGGAGGUGCUUCCUGCUGUGGACGGGUGACCGAGACAGGGCUGCUGCGAGUGGGAGACUCAGCGGUGUGCCUGGGACUUGGGGACAUGCAAGCAUUUGUGCAUCAUUGAUACAACAGAGUGAUUCGAGUCUUCCAUAGCACCUGUGUCAGUCUCCUGUACUGUGUUUCACUCGCAGAGUCUGUGCCCUGCAGUGGAGUUCUUGACGGAUGGUGGGGGUGACAGCUCUGAUGUCCUGACCAUCCCACCACCGCUGUGUUUAUCACUCUUUAAUAUUACCUUAAUCGCUCCCCUGUAGGGAUGGCACUGGAGUGCCAGCAGGGUCAUUUCAACUCAGUGCCUGGCUAAUAUGGCCGAUAGCACUGUACCUAUCAUCUUGUCACAAGUGAUCUGAAAAACAGCUGCUUAGCUCACUUAAUAAGAUGCUUUCCGGGUGAUGUCUUUCCUUUGCUCUUUUUGCCCACUCGGCUCUGUCCUCCUCUCUUUAGCUAAUGGCUAAAGCAGGGGCCUGGGUUUGAAUCACUUUCUCUCUUGCUUUUUCAUCAAUAAAUAAAGAUGAAAAAAAGGCAACCAAAAAUGCAUUGCUCUCAUUCCCUUCUCUCUGUCUCCUUCUCUCUCACUCUCUCUCUGUUAAAUUCUGUCCAGGUGUGUGGCAGCAUGCUAGGGGUGGACAGCGGCUCAAGUGCCCUGGCCUCUGAUGACCAGAUGGUGGCGAAGGCCCUGGAGCAUUUCUGCAGUGCCUCAGAGCAGUCUUACCACCAGUUCUUGGCCUCCUUCACACACCUGUCCCCAGGGAGCGGAUCCGGAGCGGCGUCCUCCGGCCUCCCCCAGCACCCAGCGGAGAUGGAGAGAUCGGCGCGGAGCAGCAGAGGCAGGGGGGGACACGGAGCAGCAGACGCAGCGGACGCAGCGGACGCAGCGGAGGGCGAGGGCCGGUUGAGAGAGCGUGACUGUGUCCUGCCCGUUGACCAGAAGGAGAUGGAGCUGGGCAGGGGAGUCGUGGUGGGGAUCUGUGGACAUAUAGACUGCUGUCCACCAGGCACCACUCCGAAGUUGGAUAACUACCUGGCGUUCGGGGAUGCAUGUGAAGACAUGGAGGGAGAGGACAAUAUAACUCCAGGAGACGCUCUCCUUCCUGGGGAGGUGGAGGAAGAGGUGCCAGCCUACCUGCCCUCCUUCUGUCACCACACCCAGUUGGAACUCACCUCCAUGGUCGGGGGUUGGAGAGCACAGGCCCGUGGACCAGCCCAGGAACAGAAGGCCACGCCAGAGGAGCAGGGUAAGAGUGAGGAGGUCUCGCCAUUCAGCUUAGAUGAAGAUUUUGACUACGACCACGUCAUACUUUCCUGUAAACAUUCUUCAAUAAAGACCAGCGCUGGGGCUUUGUGAGGGGAAACAUUGAGCACAGCAUCAAAAAGAGUCAGACAUUAUUCACAACGGCCCUACAACGCUAGAGUAAUGAAAGCAGUUGCUGGACUGCUGGAAACGGUCAUUGAAGGUGACACAAUGGAGCGAGGGAGGCCUGUUGAGCGCAACCUGGCAGUGCUGUUUGUGUGUGUGUGUGUGUUUGUGUGUAUUUGUGUGUAAAUGCAUGUACCCCACUGGGUAAACACCGUGCACUGUAAUUAAUUUCAUGUUGCUACUGUUGGUGCCUAACUGUGAUUUUUCACCAGAACAAAGUGCUCUGGAAGAGUUUUUAGAGCAGACCUAGAAAACAUAACAGGGGGAGGAAAUAUUCCAGCUAACCUACUUCGAUGGUGUGUUUCUUUUGUGUUGUGAUAUUUGAAGUGAAUUUAGCAUUUUGUCCUUUCCAUUUGCCAUUUGAAUCUUUUAAAUGGCCCUUAUCAAUUUGUUUUGCCCCACAUUUGGGUGUUUUUAGACAGACAUAGAGAUAGAAGAGAAUGGAGUGAAUGAUUGUGUUGAUGGGAAUUCCAGAGCAAGAUGGUUUUGACAGGGGUUGGUAAAAGUUUAUGGGGCAUAAAAUCCAAACAGUUCUUCCCACACGACUGUUGGUUCACUUUAAAACAUUAAAAGACGUUUGCCUGUGCCUACUCAGUUUGAAAUGAUGCAUAUUUAAUGCUCCUUCCUGUCACCUCCAAUUUAAUUGGUGGGUGGCAGGGUUGGAACAAGACCAAAAAGGACAAGACC